GCUUGUAGCCGAGAGUGCUCCUUCCCCGCUUCGCCCUACUCUGCAUGCUCUCCGCGCGGCUACGCGGUGUCCGGGCGAUCCCAUUUUCCUCUGUUCUGGUGUUCCGGCGACUCACCAGCUCCCCCCUGAUAGCCCCUCCGUCUUACUUUCUUCCGUUUCCUCUUAUUCUUUCUUCCUCGCUAUACAGGACGGGUCUCGCUGCAUCCUCCUCCUCCUGCCCUUCUGCGGCCUCCCCUCACGGGUCUGUCUUUCCCUGUUCUCGGUCCGUCUCUGGUAUGGCCAGCCAGUCGUCUGCUCCGAAGCAAAACCUUCACGAUUUCACUGUGAAGGAUGUGCGAGGAAAUGACGUUGAAUUGAGCAAGUACAAAGGGAAGACCUUGCUACUUGUCAAUGUGGCGUCUCAAUGCGGAUUAACAGACUCAAACUACAAGGAGUUGAAUCAGCUUUAUGACAAGUACAAGGACCAAGGAUUAGAAAUCUUGGCAUUCCCGUGCAAUCAGUUUGGUGGCCAAGAGCCAGGAACCAAUGAACAGAUUGAGCAAGUUGUAUGCACUCGAUUCAAGGCUGAGUUCCCUGUUUUUGACAAGGUUGAAGUGAACGGUGAGAAAACUGCUCCGGUGUACAAGUUUCUGAAGUCAAGCAAGGGUGGAAUGUUUGGUGACAGCAUAAAGUGGAACUUCACAAAGUUCUUGGUUGAUCAGGAAGGGCAUGUGAUUGAUCGCUACGCACCGACGACUUCACCUCUGAGCAUCGAGAAGGAUAUUAAGAAGGUGCUGGGUGUCUCUUAGAGAGAGAGGGAAAGAUUGGAAUAAGGUAGUGUUUAUGCAUCAGAUACGCGUGAAACCUUGUAUAGUUCAUAUACAUGAUGUGAUGUUUAUGCAAACAUAUGUCCGUGAAACCCUAUGUAAUGUUUAUGCAACACAUAUAUCCGUGAAACCCUGUGGUCGGAUAUAGCUGUGCAUUUACAUUUAUGGUUAUAUUAAAUAACGAGUGUAGAGAGAGUGAGAGAGAGAGGGGGUUGGAAUAAUGAUCUGUUUAUGCAUCAUGUUUCCGUGAAAUCUUGUAAUUAUAUAUUA